UCUCAACCACAAAUGUGGCAUUUACCGCACUUAUAACAGCCAUUUAUUUAAGGCAUUAUGUAAUAAAAAAACCCCAAACUCUUCCUCUUAAAUGCACUUUCAAUUGGGAACUUCAGAAGCUCCUGACCCCGGGGUUCCUCCGAGGCGACCUCUCAUAAAAAGGAGUUGAUUCCGACCGCGCCCCGGGGCGGUGCGAGUGGAGGGCGUGUCCGCGAGGGGGCGGGGCCUGCGUGUGACGACUAAUUUGGAGGCCGGAAGCGGCCGAGGGGCACAUAGGACCCGAGCUAGCCCUCGACUUCCGGCGGCUUUUAGAGGACAUCCUUCCCAGCGGUGGCCAGUGUUUUCGUGGCUUUGUCUUACCCCUAUCCUCUCCUUGUUGUUUUUCUGUCCACGUCCCAGUCUCGCCUGACCCUGGCGAAGCGGCUGGCGAGUUCCGCUGCUCACCCGCCGCCGGGGCCCCUCGCCAGCCGAGGGCCGGUUCCGGGGAGCCGCACGCGCACCUCCUUGUCCGUGCCGUCGCCCUCCCGAGGCCAAGCCCGGGGACUGAGAGGCGUCUCCCCCGCUCCUCGGAGCGGUGGCGGCGGUGACAGCUCGGGACUGUGCUUGCGAAGGGAGUUCGGGGAGGAGUAGUACAAAAUGUCAAAAAUUAGAAGGAAGGUCACAGUGGAAAAUACGAAGACCAUUUCUGAAAGCACGUCCCGACGGCCCAGCGUGUUCGAGAGGCUCGGGCCCAGCACGGGGAGCGCGGCCGAGACGCAGUGCCGUAACUGGUUGAAGACUGGCAACUGCCUCUAUGGAAACACGUGUCGGUUUGUGCAUGGCCUUUCACCCCGGGGCAAAGGUUAUAGCAGCAGCUACAGAAGGUCCCCAGAAAGACCGACGGGGGAUCUCAGGGAGAGAAUGAAGAACAAGCGCCAGGACGUGGACGCCGAGCCGCCGAAGCGCGGCGCGGAGGAGUCGUCCUCCCCGGUCAGGAAAGAGUCUUCAAGGGGGAGACAUAGGGAAAAGGAAGACAUAAAAAUUACCAAGGAGAGAACUCCAGAGAGUGAAGAGGAAAAUGUGGAAUGGGAAACCAACAGAGACGAUUCUGACAAUGGAGAUAUUAAUUAUGAUUACGUUCAUGAGCUGUCAUUGGAAAUGAAGCGUCAGAAGAUACAGAGGGAAUUAAUGAAGCUGGAACAAGAAAACAUGGAGAAGAGAGAAGAAAUUAUUAUUAAAAAGGAGGUCUCACCAGAAGUGGUUAGAUCAAAGUUAUCUCCGUCACCUUCUCUGAGGAAGUCUAGCAAAUCUCCGAAGCGGAAAUCAAGCCCCAAGUCAUCGUCCUCGUCGAGCAAGAAGGACAAGAAGACGGCCGUGGUGUCCUCUCCCCUGCUGGAGCAGCAGAGGAGUUCGAAGAGCAACCAGGGCAAGAAAAAAGGGCCUCGAACUCCCAGCCCGCCCCCUCCUAUACAGGAUGAUAUCGCUCUGGGGAAGAAGUACAAAGAAAAGUAUAAAGUGAAAGACAGGACAGAAGAAAAACCGAGAGAUGGCAAGGACAGAGGUCGGGACUUUGAAAGACAAAGAGAAAAACGAGACAAGCCCAGGUCGGCCUCCCCCUCGGGCCCGCACCGCUCGCCCGUGUCCUCCCGGCACCACUCGUCCUCCUCGCGCUCCGGGUCCUCCGUCCAGAGGCACUCGCUCUCCCCGCGUCGGAAGAGGACCCCCUCGCCGUCCUACCAGAGGACCCUGACGCCGCCGCUGCGACGGUCCGCCUCGCCGUACCCCUCCUCCCACGGCCUGUCGUCCCCGCCGAGGAAGCAGAGCCCCCCGCGGCCGCGCUCGCCCCUGCGCGAGAAGGGGCGGCACGAGCACGAGCGCGCCUCGCAGGCGCACGACCGGCGGCACGAGCGCAGGGACGAGGCGAGAGGCAAGAGGGACCGGGAGAAGGACGCCAGAGACGAGCGGGAGUACGAGCAGGAGCCCGGCUCCUCCCGCGACCACAGGGAGGACCGCGAGCCCCGGGACGGGCGGGACCGCCGGGACCCCCGGGACGCCCGGGAUCGCCGGGAGCUGCGGGACGCCCGGGACCUGCGGGAUGCCCGGGAGCUGCGGGACUACGGCCGGGAGGCCAAGGAGGGCCGCGACCCCCGGGAUGCGCGCUCUGCGCGGGACGCCCACGACUACCGGGACCGGGAAGGCCGCGAGGCGCACCGGAAGGAGGACGCCUACCCGGAGGAGGCCCGCGGCUACGGCAGGAACCACCUGCGCGAGGAGAGCUCUCGCGCGGAGCUCAGGAGCGACUCCAGGAGCGAGUCUCGCGGCGACAUGAGGAUGGGCAGGAGCCGGGGGAGAGGCCCCCCCGAGCUGCCCGAGAAGGGGAGCCGCGGCACCAGGUCCUCUCAAGUCGACGGUCACGGCGGCGGCUAUCACGACAGCUGGGAGACGCGCAGCAGCUACCCCGAGAGAGACAGGUACCCUGAGAGAGACGGCAGGGACCCGCCGAGGGACUCCUCCUUUGAGAGAAGACACGGCGAGAGGGACCGCCGGGACAACCGCGACAGAGCUCCUAUGUUCUACACCUCCUGCUGCCCCUAUCCUUUGCCACCAGUGUUCUCAGGUCCUGCUGGGGGGACAGAGAAGAUCAGAGAUCCAAGACCAAGCUCACCAGCCCGGCAUCAGGGGAGGAGUGACGAGCUUGAGCGCGACGAAAGAAGAGAGGAGCGGAGAGUAGACAGAGUGGACAGAGUGGACAGAGUGGACGAGAGGAGAGACGAGAGGGCCCGGGAGCGGGACCGAGAGCGCGAGCGGGAGCGCGACAGGGAGCGCGAGCGGGAGAAGGAGAGAGAGCUGGAGCGGGAGCGGGCGCGGGAGCGGGAGAGGGACCGGGAAAGGGAGAAGGAGAGGGACCGCGAGCGAGAGCGGGACCGGGACCGUGACCACGACCGCGAGCGGGAGAGAGAGCGGGAGCGGGAGCGGGAGAAGGAGCGGGAGCGAGAGCGAGAGGAGCGGGAGAGAGAGAGAGAGCGAGAACGGGAGAGGGAGCGCGAGAGGGAGCGAGAGCGGGAGCGAGAGCGAGCCAGGGAGAGGGAGAGGGAGAAAGAGCGGGAGCGCCAGAGGGACUGGGAGGAGAAGGACAAGGGUCGCGAGGACCGCCGCGACAAGCGAGAAGACGCCCGCGAGGACCGCAGCCUGCGCGACGCCCACGAGGAGAGGAAGGCCAAGAAGCGCUACAGAAACGAGGGGAGCCCGAGCCCUCGGCCGUCCCCGAAGCGCCGGCGCGAGCACUCUCCCGACAGCGACCCCUACAACAGCGGGGACGACAGAAGUGAGCGGGACGAGAGACACAGGCUCUUGAGCCAGGUGGUGCGGCCUCAGGAGUGUCACUCUCUCAGCCCGUCACACUUCCCGGAAGACAGGCAGGGCAGGUGGAAGGAGGAAGACCGCAAGCCGGAGAGGAAAGAGAGCUCCAGGCGCUACGAGGAGCAGGAGCUGAAAGAGAAGGCCUCCUCGGCAGACAAGCAGAGGGAGCAGAUGGAGCUCUCCGAGAGCGCCAGGCUCCGGGCCCAGGACCUGACGGGCCACCGCCCGUCCGAGGACCGCGACACGUCCGACGGGGCCCACGACGAGAGCAAGAGGAGAGUGAAAGUCCAGAAGAGGCCCGUGAAGAAGAAGAAGGAGGACGACGCUGGCGUGGAGAGGGGCGGCGCGGAGACGGCGUCCGAGGACGGGCAGGUGUUCUCGCCCAGGAAGGGGCUGAAGAAGAGGAGUGUGGAGAAGAGGCACAAGCGCCCCAGGGGCGAUUCCGACGUUUCUGACGACGAGGCGGCCCAGCAGAGCAAGAAGAAGAGGGGCCCGCGGACGCCCCCUCUGACGGCCAAGCAGGGGCUGGCGGGCCUCUCCGGUGACAAGGAGGCGCCCGUGGAAGACGCCCACAGGAGGGAGGACACGGCGUUCAGUGACUGGUCUGACGAGGACGUGCCUGACCGCGCCGAGGUCCCCGAGGCCGAGCGUGCUGCCGCGGCUGUCACCCCCGGCAGGACGCCGUCCCCGUCGGCCCUCCCUCCUCCUCCUCCUCCCGCGGCCGCCGCUGCCACGGCGCCUGCUGCUCUCGCCACGGCCGCCGCUGCCGUCAGCGCCUCUGCCGCCGCUUCCGCUUCGGCCGCCCCCGCCAGUGCCGGGGAAGACUCGCACAGAAAGGGCCACAAGGCGCGGGCAGAGAGGGGGGAGGCCCCGCAUGUGGCGGCCGACGACGCGCCCCAUCGCAAGCCGGUGGACCAGAAGAGGAGCAGCAGCCUCGGGAGCAACCGGAGCAACCGCAGCCACACGUCCGGGCGGCUGCGCUCCCCGUCCAGCGAGUCUGCCCACCGGAGCGGGGACGACCAGAGCGGCCGGAAGAGGGUCCUGCACAGUGGCUCCAGGGACAGGGAGAGACCGAGGAGCUUCGAAGUCGCGGGCGAGAGGAAGUCCAGGAUCGACCAGCUGAAGCGCAGCGAGCCCGGUCGAAGCACGUCCUCAGAUCGCCGGGACUCGAGGAGCCACAGUUCACGCAGGAGCUCUCCCGAGUCGGACCGGCAGGUGCACUCGCGGUCCGGGUCCUUCGACAGCAGGGAGCGGCUGCAGGAGCGCGAGCGGCACGAGCACGACCGGGAGCGCGAGCGGAGGGAGGCCCGGCCACCGAGGGAGUGGGACCGAGACCCCGACAAGGACUGGCCGCGGGGCCGGGACCGGGACCGGGACCGGCUGCUGCGGGAGCGCGAGCGGGACAAGAGGAGGGACUCGGACAGGGAGAGAGAGAGGCUCCUGUCCGACUCCGGGGACAGGGACAGGGACAGGGACAGGGAGAGGACCUUCGAGAGCUCCUCCCAGGGGGAGUCUGUGAAACGCGGCGAAGCAAAACUGGAGCCCGAGCACGAGCGGGACCUGGAGGGCCCCUUCCGAGACGCCGCGGGUGCCCUGGAGAAGGAGCGCCCGGACAGGGACCUGGCGCCGGUGCCGGGCUUCGAGGACGUCGGCAAGGCCGAGCGCACGGACAGCGUGGAGGCAGGAGACGACGAAUCCAAGCUGGACGACGUGCACUCCCUGGGCUCCGGUGCGGGCGAAGGCUACGAGCCCAUCAGCGACGACGAGCUGGACGAGAUCCUGGCGGGCGACGCUGAGAAGCGGGAGGACCCGCAGGAGGAGGAGAAGAUGCCGGACCCACUGGACGUGAUCGACGUGGACUGGUCCGGGCUCCUGCCCAAGCACCCGAAGGAGCCGCGCGAGCCGGGGGCCGCGCUGCUCAAGUUCACGCCUGGGGCCGUGAUGCUGCGAGUCGGGGUUUCUAGGAAGCUGGCAGGCCCCGAACUCUUUUCCAGAGUCAGAGAGACGUGCCAGAGGCUUCUAGAGAAACCCAAAGAUGCAGACAGUCUCUUUGAACACGAACUGGGGGCCCUCAACAUGGCUGCACUGCUGCGAAAAGAAGAAAGAGCGAGUCUUCUCAGUGACCUCGGGCCGUGUUGCAAGGCCUUGUGCUUCAGGCGGGACUCCGCGAUCCGGAAGCAGCUGGUCAAGAAUGAGAAGGGCACGGCGAAGCAGGCGUACACGGGCGCGCCGGCGGCGGACAGCGAGCUGCUGCGGCUGAGCCUGCGGCUGUUCAAGCGGAGGAGCGCCUGCCGCGCGCCGGGGCCCGACAAGGCGGAGGACGGCAAGCUGGCGCCGCCGGGCGAGCCGGAGCUGUGCGUGUCCUGAGGCCGGGGCUGGGCGCGCGGUCUGCGCCUGCGCUGCGGUGCACCUUCUCUGCCGGAGGUCUGGCUUCGCGAGCGUCCCUGGGCCGGCGGCCGGCGGAGCCCGCUCGCCGGCCACGCAGCUGCGGUGGGGGCGCUCUGACGCUUGAAGGCGUCGGUUUGGCUGAACUGAGACUUUACACAGUACUUAGUGCUCGUGAAAGAUAGCGUGAAAGCAUAGAGUCAGUAGUUCGGUGCAUUUUGUUAAAACUGAAGUUUGGGGAAACGGUUGUCACUGCGCUUCCAGUCGACAGAGACUUUUCUGAAGAGGAGCCACUGGCGCGUUCUGGACCCGUCCUGAAGCAGCUGCAGCCUGGCCCAGGCACUGUGUCCACCGCACGCGCACGCGCACGCACACUGUGCACCGCCGCGCCGCACAGGACACGGGGCGCUGGCCCUGCGCCGGUGUGCGGGCCGCGCCCCGCAGGAGGGAGCCAGGAGACUUUUUUUCCUUGUGGAACAUCUGAGAAAGUUACUUAAUGGAUCUUUGUUCUUUUAAAUGUAUGUGUGUUGUUAGAAUGUGUACUGGAUGCAUUUGGAAUCUAAAUGGUUUUGUUUGUUAUCAGAGACUGCCUACUCUUUUUAUUUUUAAUAAAUACGCCCUUUUCCCUUUU